GGUAUGACCUCAUCGCCGGCGCAUUCCCGGCGGCGCGCGGAGCGGCGCGGAGCAGCGCGGAGCGGCCCCCCUCCCCCUUCCCCGCACCGCGGCAUGCGGGCCCUUCGGCCAGCGGACAGCCCGCGGAGCGGUGCGGGACCCCGCGCCCGCCGCGCCGGGUUCAGCACAAUGAGUUGGCAUCCUGGAUGUUAGUGUGAGGAGAUCAGGACGGGCGCUGCCGUGCUCACCCCUUACCCACUACUUAUUCCCCUUGGGGAGACGGGUGCUGGCAUCCCUGCCCUGCCCUUCUGCCCCUUGCCCCACACUUGCCAUAGAGGGGACAGGCCCGUUAUGGCUGGGGACAGGCUCCCACGCAAGGUGAUGGACCCAAAGAAACUGGCCAGCCUCCUGAGGAACGGAGCAGAGGGCACCCUGGUCAUCGACAGCCGCUCCUUCGUGGAGUACAACUCCUGGCACGUCCUCAGCUCUGUCAACAUCUGCUGCUCCAAGCUUGUCAAGAGGAGGCUCCAGCAGGACAAGGUCUCCAUCACGGAGCUCAUCCAGCCCGCCUCCAAAAUGAAGGUGGAGGCAGAGGAGCACCAGGACGUGGUGGUCUACGACCAGAGCACACGGGACGUGACCGGCUUGGCUGCCGACAGCUUCCUCUCCAUCCUCCUGGGCAAACUGGACAGCUGUUUCCACAGUGUUUCCAUCCUCACAGGAGGCUUUGCCACCUUCUCGUCCUGCUUCCCAGGGCUCUGUGAGGGGAAGCCAGCUGCCAUCCUGCCGAUGAGCAUCUCCCAGCCAUGCUUGCCCGUGGCCAAUGUCGGCCCCACACGCAUCCUGCCACAUCUCUACCUGGGCUCUCAGAAAGACGUCCUAAACAAGGACUUGAUGACACAGAAUGGGAUAAGCUAUGUCCUCAAUGCGAGCAACUCCUGUCCCAAGCCAGACUUCAUCUGUGAUAGUCACUUCAUGCGCAUUCCUGUCAACGACAACUACUGUGAGAAGCUGCUUCCCUGGCUGGACAAGUCCAUUGAAUUCAUUGACAAGGCCAAGGUGUCCAGCUGCCAGGUGAUUGUGCACUGCUUGGCUGGGAUCUCCCGGUCAGCGACCAUUGCCAUUGCCUACAUCAUGAAGACCAUGGGUAUGUCGUCAGAUGAUGCUUACAGGUUCGUUAAGGACCGUCGCCCAUCCAUCUCGCCCAACUUCAACUUCCUGGGCCAGCUCCUGGAGUACGAGAGGAGCUUGAAGCUCCUCAAGGCCCUGAAGUCGAAGGGUGACCGGGGCGAGGGGGACGCCCAGCAGGACCUGGCAGAGGCGGCUGAGGGCAGCUGGCACCCCCAACCACCUACCUCAGAGAAGGCCGAGGAGGUGCCAAGAGGCACCAGCUCGGCAUCCUCCCACGGUGACCCUGAGCGGCAAGGUGGGACCCCGAAAGUCCUGUCACCCACCACCCUGCAGCAGGGGCUCAACGGCUUGCACCUCUCCUCCGAGCGCAUCCAGGACACCAACCGCCUGAAACGCUCCUUCUCCCUGGACAUCAAGUCCGCCUACUCCCCUGGUCUGCGGCAGGACCCCCCUGGACCCCCUGGCCCCGGGGACGCCCCCAAACUCUGCAAGCUAGACAGCCCCUCAGGCCCUGGCAGCCUUGGCCCCUUCUCCCCAGGGUCGGACAGCCCCGACCGGCCGAGCGGGCCCGACCUCCUGCUGGAGGCCAAGGUGAGGCAGCGGCGGAAGCACCGGCAUCCGGCAGGCUCACCGGCCCACGGGCUCAGCCUCAACGUUGGCAGUGCCUGCGCCACACGCAAGAGUCCCGGUGCUGAGGACGGGCUGCCACCACGGCUCGGCCAGCCGACCUCCGCUCCUGGAGCCGCCGCCGCCACCUGGAGUGGUGUGCACCUGGAGUCCCCCAGCACCCCCUCCAGCGAGGCCGGCUGGUACUUCAGCACAGACUCUAGCAGCACCGGUGGUAGUGGCGGGAACCUGUUUGCCAGCACCGGCCCGUAUCCACCGCCAUUCGGCUGCGGCGGGGUGGCGGGCAGCUGUGAGAUCAGACUGAGGGACAAGGCGCGGGCCGAGCCACGGGAUGGGCGGCACAGCUGGCAUGAGGAGGCUGGUGCUGAGAAGCAGUUCAAGCGGAGGAGCUGCCAGAUGGAGUUCGAGGAGACCAUGUCUGAGGGCAGGGCCCGGGAAGAGCUGGGCAAAAUCGGCAAACAGUCCAGCUUUUCGGGCAGCAUGGAGAUCAUUGAGGUGUCCUGACACCCCCCUGGGGUGCCUGGAGAGCAGGAUCGGGGACAGGGCGGGGGGAUAUUUAAG